AUGUCUACGCUUUCAGAAGCUGAUGUUGAAAAUCUUGUGGCGGAAUUGCCCAGCACAGAUGAAGAUAAAGAACAAGUUUGCCCAACAGAGAUGUCUGACCAUAAAAACGAGGACGAAAACCACAGAAGCGAGACUUGUGGCGAAACAAUCGAGCGAAAAUUAAGCGAGCACGUGGUUGAUGUUGCUGGUAAAGACAAAGCCGAAAUCAACAGGAAACAGUCAACUUGCGAGGAAUGUCAGAACCGCAAAGACGAAAUUACAGAAAUAAAAGCGAUUAUAAAUGAAAUUAAAACUAACCAAAACGAAGAUCGAGAAAAAUCAAUUAUAAAAGCGAUAGAAUCGGACGAAAGGAUAAAAUCCUUGCACGAGGAAAACUCCAAAAUGACGGAAGAGAUCAAAUGUCUUAAAGCUACAAUAUCCGAACUUGUCACUGACAAUGAGAACAUAAAAAAUAUUCUCGACGUCAAGCAGAAUGAAUGGCUGAAAAUAGCGGAAAACCCGAAUCCAUCAAAAUGUAGUAAAACUGCAACAACAACGCCUACAACCUCAGUACAAAACCAGUUUGAACUGCUCAAUGAUGAAAAUUAUGAGAGCGGAAUAUCAUCGCCUGAAUUAGACUCAAACGAGCAAACGAACAC